AUGGAUCCUCAACCUGGCCGACCCAAUUCACAAGUUCAACUUGUGCAUCCAGGACAUCUGUUGAGACCCUAUCUGGCAGGAGUCACUCAAGCAACUACAAAACUUGAAGGAGUUCUACAAAGUCUUCAAAGCAUUGGGAAUACGCAAUUUGCAACAAUAUACUAUGCUGCAACAUCUGUACUUGACAACCUCCCUGCACUCUACAGGAUAUACCAAACUAAAGAGAUUGACACUAAGGGGACACCACUACCUAGUAUUGUUGCUGAAGCACUUGACGAGACAACUGUCACGGCACUCAAUAGCCUAUCAGACGUUUACUUCUUUUGGCUGGGAGCGCUUGCAGCAUUGGAUCAUCACUUUAAGUCCCAAAACUGUCUUCUUCUGCCGCAGGAUUGGGGCCGUCUCCACUGCAUUGCAUUGAAGCGUUUCAACAAGGCAAUCAAUGACGCACCAACUGAUGGGUAUGUGACGGCGUUCUUCUUAGACCCACGUUAUCAUGAUGUUGCUAUUUAUGCUUCCUCAAACGCCUGCUCCCGUCAGGCCACUGUUCUGCCUCCGGUUGAUUGUCCUCAAACCUCUAAUCCACAGCAACUAAACAAGUACAUCCUCAAUUGUGUUCAAAAGCAGUUAUUUGCUAUGCUAAAAGCGGAACUGGAGGCUGCCAAGGACAUCCCCCAUCACCCACUUCAUGCGUAUAGCCAAGACGCGCUAGUUGCAAAGGAACAACUGCGUGAACAACUUGAUUGCUAUUACUGGGCUGAUCAACAAUUUCUUUCACAAUAUCUUAUGCCCAAUCAAUCCGCUCUCCAAUACUGGCGCUCACAAAAGCAGUUUGAACAUAUGUUUAUACUUGCACAUUUGGCAGAGAAGCUUUUUUCCAUCUUACCAAACUCAAUGUGCAACAAAUGCGCUGGCAUGAUCAAACAGAUUCAGUUCAUGCAAUGGGAGUCUCUGGUGAAUGGUUUGUUUUCAAAGAGACAGGAGAAGAAGCUUCCUGUCCUUUUUCGAUUUUCUGAUCUUCCUAGCAACUUCCAGCCCAAUUGUCAGGCUGACAAAGAUGCUAGCAAAAUCGCACCCGCACUUGAGGACAAGUGUGGAGAUGAAUGGCUUGAUUGCAGCAGAGCUGCGGCCCCCAUUGCUGAUACCAGCAAUAACAAAGAAGACACAAGAUUUGAGGAUAUUAUCAAUCUGACUUUGCAAGAGCUACUUGCCCUUUUUUCUAGCUACAACUCAUCAAUGCACGCCGCUGAUUCUGAGUCUCACUUGCCGCACGGUACAAAAGGCUUGGAAGGUGUUAGCAAGGAAUCCAAAGGCCCGCAGCGUGCAAUUUGGAGGGCAAGAGAUAUAAAUUGGGACUAA